CCUCCCCCGGAUCUCGCUACCCAUUCUCUGCGUCGAGUCCUCUCCUAGUCGCCUCCCCGUCUGCCGGCGACCAAACCCUACCAGAUCGCCGCGCACCUCCGCCGGCCAUGGAGAGCUGGGCGAGCUGGUUCGGAUCCGGCGUCACCUCCGCCUUCUUCGCCUCCCUCGAGCGCUGCUCCUGCAUCAACCUCUCCACCGACGACGACGACGACGACCUCGACGGCGAGGCCCACGACCGCGCCCUCAUCCUCGCCGCCGACUCCGCGCCCUCCGACGCCGCCGCCCACAAGGACGACAAGGACGGCGACAAGGAGCCGCCCCUCCCGCCCGUAUGACCGCCUCGCUCGCUUGCGUACGACUUACUC